UAUUGUGCAAUGCUUUUUGUUAUUUGUUGAUUUUAAACGACAAUUUCAUCGACUAAUUAAAAAAAGCAAUUAAAGAAUACAAAAAAGAAUAAAGAAACAAUUAAGUCAUGAAUUUUCUUAAUAAAACACAUUAUUUGGAAAGCCAAGUUCAGUUUUACCAAGCAUUAAGAAAUCACUUCAACAGAACCUGUGUGACAACGUGGAGUCGGCUAAACGAUCUCAAAAAGCAAGACGUUAUGCCUUGUUGUAAAUUCAAGAACAAAAGAACCCAGAACAACAUGGGGUGGUAUGUUUCAGGGUCAAAGGUCAUGAUUCAGUAAUAAGAAAGGAGUGGGGAGGAUAACCUGGAAUGCAAUAAACCUGGGUUUGAUGUGUUUUAAAUAAUAACAAAUAUGUUAAAAUAAAACAAAACAGUUUUAAAUUAGUUAUUCAGUUGAACCAAAACACUACAGUCCAUCCCAAAAAAUUAAAGUUUGCCAUGGUGCAACAAAGAAGAAGACCAGUUCAGACUCCAGAGGCGAGCAGGCAAACUAAAGUGACGUCUGUUAAAUAACUAUAACAGCAGGAACAUGAGGAGCACAAAAUACCACAAGGGGACCCAACAAGGAAGGGAUGCCAAUCAAGCCUUUUCCUUCUAGCCCCAACUCUCUUGAGUUGUCACUGCAGUUUUCAGGAGUUGGUUGAAGACUUGCAUUGCUUGGCUUUCAUCUCUCUUUUCUGCCCGUGGUGCAUCCCUGCUAUUGAGGCUGUGGUAUGAGCCUAUGUGGCAGGAAGGUGCUGACGUUGCUGAGCAGCGUGUUCGCUGUCUGCGGCCUCGGCCUGUUGGGGAUCGCCGUGAGCACUGACUACUGGCUCUACCUCGAAGAAGGAGUCAUCCUUCCUCUCAACCAGAGCACUGAGAUGCGCAUGUCGCUCCACUCUGGACUCUGGAGGGUUUGCUUCCUGGCUGGUGAGGAGAAAGGAAGAUGUUUUACCAUCGAGUACGUGAUGCCUACCAAUGUCCAGAUUACAUCUGAGUCCACCGUCAGUGUACUCAAAAUGAUUCGUUCUUCGACGCCCUUUCCUCUGGUUAGUCUCUUCUUCAUGUUCAUCGGUUUCGUCCUCAGUAACAUCGGCCACAUUCGGCCACACCGCACCAUCCUGGCCUUUGUUUCUGGAAUCUUCUUCAUCCUUUCGGGCUUGUCUCUGGUAGUUGGUCUGGUUUUGUACAUCUCCAACAUUAAUGACGAAAUGCUGAACAGAACCAAAACUAAUGAGGCCUAUUUCAGCUACAAGUACGGCUGGUCCUUUGCUUUUGCUGCCAUUUCUUUUUUGCUCACAGAGACUGCAGGUGUCAUGUCAGUGUACCUGUUCAUGAAGCGCUACACCGCAGAAGAGAUGUACAGACCACAUCAGGGCUUCUACCAGCCUCGCCUCAGCAACUGCUCAGAUUACUCGGGCCAGUUCCUCCAUCCGGAUGCCUGGGCGGGACGCGGUCGCAGUGCCUCCUCCAUCUCCUCCGAGGCCUCCCUUCAGAUGAACUCCUCCAACUACCCUGCCCUCCUCAAAUGUCCAGAGUAUGAACAGAUGUCCUCCUCCCCCUGCUGAGGCAGACAGCAACUGGCCACUGUGCUGAUAGUAGCGGGCUCUGGAUUUUCACAAAUAUCUGUCCAGUUAUUUGAUAUCAUCUAACUUGAAGUUUUGACCUCCCAACUGAUUGUGAAAGUGUGUAAUUCCUUAGUAGCUGGUUUUUGUUUACAGCUUUUGGUUUUAGAAGAUACAAAACUUGAGUUCAAGAUUACCCUCUUAGUCCUCAGUUUUGUUUCAGGCAGGUGAGGGAGGAUGUAGUUUAUCCAGGCGGUACUUAAACAAGCUCCUGUUGCACUGUUUAGUGAUCAGUGGUGAACAACCAGCUAAUUUUAGGGAUUAGAGAUGAAGAAAGACAUGCAGAUUUGCAUCAAAGUAUUAAACAAACAUCAUAUCAGCAAGUAGCUUCAUCCAGAAAACAGCAGCUAAUCGGUUUCCUGUCGGGGUUUCUGGACCAGGAGACUUCUGGGGAAAUAAAUGUACUUUGUGCUGUUAGCAUACUCGUGCACCUUGCAGCCUUUACACGCCUGGUUGUUACUUUGCAGAUGUUUUAGAAAAAUAUGUUAUAAAUGUGAAAUUUAAAUAAAUAAAUACACAAUCCAGCGAAUAUUUUAAUAAGCAAGCUGUUUUACAGGCUAUAAUCUAAUGUUAUGAAUAAAAGUAAAUUUAAACCAUUUCACUACUUUCAUACAUUCUCAAUGUUUUUUUUCAUUCUUGCAUCACCUUUAAUUAAAAAAAAAACUUCUGAAAUUACUUUCAUAGGAACUAAUUAUUGUUCUUGACCCAAAUUACUUUUCUCUUGAAUCUGACUCACAUGAAAUGUGACCUGAUGGACUUUUGAGUGUAUAGCUGUAUAUUCUUGUAAAGCCGAAAACAAAAACAUUUCUUAGUUUACACUCAGUGUGUCAUGUGCACCAACGUAGAGCAGCUUUAAAUCUGUGAGUGGGACAAUACAAAUCAGUAUAUACAGAGAAACAAAGUUCCUAUAGCUCAUAUACACAGACGUGUUUACUAUAUGUAAAAAUGUGUAAUUAACCAACACUCACACAGAAAAGAAGCAGUAGGCACGGCUCAGUUGAUUUAUUUUAUCAGAGUUAUUGAAGAGAAGAGAAAGGCAAAAAAGGGGAAGUUCCAAGGUGGAAAUUUGGAGGUAUAAAGUGUUAUUUUGAUAUGAAGCCAUCAUGAAUGUAAGGUACACUGAAGGAAACACUGCUAAAUGAGAUUUUCUAUAUCAAAUACCUCUCCAAAUCACAUAAAUGAUAAUGAUAAUUACAGAAAACAUAUUUUUCUAAGACAUGAAUUCAUAAUGAAAAGUACGGAAAUUAGUUUAACAAAAAUACAAUGAUUGUUAGUGUAGCAGGGAUUCAGUGGCUUGAAAUAUCUGUUUCAUACAGCAUUAAGUGUCCAUAAACAUCUUACAUAGGUGCAUUUAGUCUUGUGCAAUCAUUUCAGGUUGGUUUGAUAUUUUACUGAAAUUCAUAGUCGCACGGCGUGAUCUCCAGGUGAAACUCAGCAUGUAGCAGCAAAGCACACUCAACCUGUAACCACAAACUGUGCCAAGGCUUCCAUCUUUGGUUGAUCUAUUAGUGUUUGUUCACCUCCAAUGCUGUAAAUAUGGAAUCAUCACUGUGUACAUAAAGUUAUGUUUGUAUAAAUGGCCAUAAGUGUCAAACAGAAACCGCUUGUUCUGUUUUGUAGCUUCAUCUGCAGCUGCUUCGCCUCCUGCUUCACAUGAAACAUGUGAGCUGUUGCACAUGUGUAGCUCACACAUAUUUUACACAUAGACAAAGUCAUAGUCGGAUGUAAAAUAUCCACAUGCUGUGUGUCGUUUUACAAAUAUUCAAGAUGUUAAAUGUGCAAUGGACCACGUAAUAAAAAUACAAUUUGAUAAAGACUG